UCGGAGCCUAGACGGGCACCCUAGAGGCCCUCGAACGCCAUUAAAGUUAACGAGAGGUCGGUCGGCUUAAGGACGUAAAGAUGUUUAGUAAAGCGAUUGGUCCGCGAUACGCUCAGUUGCUCCGAUUGUGGUUUCCCACAUUGGGCACCUGGGGCACAGUGGGUGCUGUUGGACUGGUCUAUGCCACUGACUGGAGGCUAAUUCUGGACUAUGUGCCCUACAUCAAUGGCAAAUUCAAGAAAGAUGAGUAGGCCAAGAACCUGAUUGGUGGCCCAUCCUUUGGGGAAGAAGACCAUGAACUUGUUGCUGCUGUGAAUGGGAUGGUUGCUUGCUUUUCAUUUGGAAGAAGAAUCCUGCACAAAGUUCCAUCCAUGUCUGAUUGUGAAUAUUGUUUAGAGAAAUAAAUUGAUCCGCUAUGGACUUUACUGUCUGCGCUAAUAAAGACCGACUUGUCCAAGGCAA